AUGCCUCCCCAAUGCCAAACUUGCUCGCGGCCCCAGGCUCCUCCCAAACUGACCAUGGUUAUGCGAUCGCUCCUCCGUAGCAAUGAUCCUCCUCGUGACGUCCUGGCCAGCUUCCACGUAUCUUUGCAGGCACACAAUCUUGUGGGUGAAGUUUCUUCAUUCGAUCCGGGGUCUAAAGCAUGGGUUGAAUGGUCGAAGAUAUCUCUGGGACCAAUAUGCCUGCAUAUUCUAAACAAAUAUCGCAGUCAAGAGGACUGUACAAUGUCGCUUUAUCGGAAUAAUGCUGGUACUUAUUGGAAAGUGAAAUCACAUCCCUGUGAUUUCACUGUACCAGCAUCCUCUUUGCCUACUCGAGCAUUCCUGCACCCAUCUGGCAUAUUUCGACCAUUCUUUUCUUGA